UUGAGUCUUGAAAAAGAGGGGUCGUCUUAUAAUCAAGGCCGUCUUAUAUUUGGGCCAAUACGGUAUUAUACUGUACUAUAACAUAUUACAUAACUAUAUUAAGCCAAAGAAAAAAAAACAUUGAAUUCCGGCGAGAGAAAAAAAUCCACAGAAAUUAAGCAUUAUUCAUCCUAAGAGCAUGAUUGCCCUCUAGUGGAGAAAACAUAUUUCCUAUUAUGAAACUGAAAGCAUCCUAUUUCCGAUAUUCCGUGGUCAAUCGGUGCCAAAUAAAAACUUUGAGAGAUUAAAAUGUGCGCUUUCGAGUCAUGUUGACGGCUAUGUCAAAUACUUGAUUUUUUACGGUAUUCUAAAGACCCCACGCGAUUGAACAGGCUGGCGUGAUCAUAGAACGCCAUGUUUGAUUGCUGGCAAAAUUGGUAUAAAGUAGUCAUGGGGUUAUUGUUGCCAUGUCUCAUUGGUGAAACUGGUUGAGCCACUGUUGUAAAAAGCAAAAUGUAAUAUGUAGAAUAAAGAGGAAAAAUGUAAUGACUAUUAUUGACCAAAGUAGCGGAAUAAGAGUAGCGUUUCUUCUUCACAAAUCUACUCAAGUCAAAGUAAAAAGUAUGGCUUAGUAACACUACUUUUAGAAGUGCAUUUUUCUCAAAACAUUACUCAAGUAAAUGCAACUGAGUAAAUGUAACGCAUUACUACCCACCUCGGCUUUCCACACGCAGCACACGUACAGUGCUUGUCUGGUGGCUACCACUACCACCACAGUUUAGUUUUUCAAGAUUUAUUUAAUUAUUUAUGCAAUUUUUUGGGCGGGGACACCUACACUUUGGUUAAUGUUCGUCUGAAUGUUUAUGGCACAGGUGUCAAACCGAUUCCAGAAAAGGCCAAGUGGGUGCAGGUUUGCUUUCCAACCAAUGAAGAGGACACCUUUUCACCAAUCAGAUCUUUUACAUGUGUAAUCAGUUAAACUUUGUCAGGUGCUGCUUGUUUCAGUAGGAAGUUCAUUGGUUAAACUCUCUGCACGGUAUCAGUUGGAACAAAAUCCAGCACCCACUUGGCCCUUUCUGGAAUCGGUUUGACACCUGUGGUUUAUGGGAUUUGAUUUUCUAAUUUGAGAUGGUCCUUAGUAGAGUCUGUCCUUAUUUAAGCAGCCACAGAGAUGGGUCUGGAGACCACAGAGUCCGGACAGAGCAUCUUCAAAGCCCAGGCAGUGGAUAAAGACACAGGGUCAGGAGGAUCAAUCACCUACUACCUCAUGAAUCCACAGUCCAGUUUGUUUGCCAUCGACAGACAUAGUGGAGUCAUUCGAAUCAAGCUGGAGGAAACGCUGGAUUAUGAGAAAACAAAGACACAUUUUGUCGUUGUCAUUGCAAAGGAUGGUGGUGGCACUUUCAACGGCAAAGAGCAGUUUUUGUCAUCCUCCGCUACUCUGACAAUUAACGUGAUAGAUGCACAGGAUACGCCGCCAAUUUUCAUCGGGACGCCUUACUUUGGUUAUGUUUAUGAAGUCUCACUGCCUGGGUCUGAAAUAUUCACUGUUGUUGCUAAAGACGGCGAUGUAGGAAAUCCAAAUCCUAUACGUUAUUGUUUUGUUGAAGGCGAUGAUGGAGUUUUUCGCAUCAACGAGACUACUGGACGCAUCACCCUGAUGACAAGUCCCAUGUUUUUAAAGAGAGAAAUCUUUAACAUUAAAGUCAAAGCAACUGAAACGAGCCCCAAGAGUCGUCUGCUGGACUACAGCGAGACCACGGUGGUGAUCCGGGUGGUGGACCUCAACAACAACCCGCCAACUUUCUACGGUGAAAAUGGCACCCAAAGCACAUUUGAGCUGACCAUCUAUGAGCAUCCUCCAGAAGGGGAGAUCCUGCGUGGCCUUAAAAUCACCGUCAACGACUCGGAUCAGGGAGCCAAUGCAAAAUUCAACCUGAGGCUUAUCGGACCUGGAAGAAUGUUGCGGGUGGUCCCACAAACGGUACUGAACGAGGCCCAAGUGACAAUUCUGGUGGAGGACUCAGCAGCCAUGGAUUAUGAGAAAAAUCACUUCCUCACAUACAAGCUACUCGCUGUUGAGAUUGAUACACCAGAGAGGUUCAGCUCCACAGCCGACAUAAUCAUCCAUCUUUUAGAUACCAAUGACAACGCGCCUAAGUUCUCCUCAGACUACUACAUCGCCCGAAUUCCUGAGAACUCACCUGGGGGCUCCAAUGUCGUGUCCGUUCUGGCAAUCGACCCAGACUCAGGACCAUGGGGCGAUGUGACUUACUCUAUCUAUGGAUCUGGGGCUGACUUAUUCUUGAUCCAAUCUACCACUGGAAUCAUCUACACACAGCCAUGGGCCAGCCUGGAUGCGGAGGUGCGGUCUAAGUACAAUUUUUACGUCAAGGCAGAGGACGCGGAGGGCAAGUACAGUCUGGCCGAGGUGUUCGUCACUGUCCUGGACCUGAAUGACCAUCCGCCUGCCUUCAAUGAAAAUUUCCUGGAGAAGACCAUGGUGAUCGGUGCACCAGUAAAAAUUGAGGCUGUUGAUGACGAUGCGGAGGUACCCAACAAUGUCAUCGAGUACGCCAUCAUGAAAGCUGACCCUGACAACAACAUCUUCGACAUUGACGCUGACACUGGCGAAAUUAACCUCAAGUCAUACAUCAAGUCCAUGGCCAUCAUUAGGAACAUCACCAAUCAGAGGGACUUCACCUGGUCGCUGGUGGUGCAAGCGCGUGACCUCGGACACCCAUCGUUCAGCACUACCGCUGUGGUCAAGAUCGACAUAACCGAAGCAACCCAACUCAAAGGGGGGCCUUUGGGAUCAUUAUUAAUGAACAAUAAAAACAAAUCCAUGCAAAUCGUAGGCGUGCUUGCAGGCGUUAUUAGCUUAAUGGUCUCGGUCACAGUCAUCAUCUCCACAAUCACCUUCGUACGCAACAAAAAGUCCAACCGGGUCGUGCCCAACCGUCGCGUGAGGAGGAGGCCCCGCAACGACAACGCAUGGACCUUCAAGAGCCCCUUCAGGAGAGCAGGGAACCCCGAGGACAGGUUCCAGGAGGAGGAGCAGGAACCGGACACCCAGGAGAUGGCGGAAAACGUCAACUACAACAACAACGUGGGCAACGCGGUCAGGCACUGGCCCCCGCCGCCGCCACCCCCUUGCGCCCCCUCUCUCCCGCCUCCGCCGCCACCCUACGUCCCCGGUGAGAGGAAGUGGGUAGUGCCCACCGUCUCGGCCACCGUGGCGGCGCGCCCCAAGAAGAAGUCGACGACGCACGACACAGUCAACAAGGCACUCGUGUCAGAACUCAAAAUGAGACUGGAGCAGAAGAGGAUGAUCAAUAACUUAUAGUGCUGCGAGUGUACAUAGUACCAUGCAAAAGUCUUGGAUCACCGUGAAAUUUGUUCUUGUCCUUCCCUGGCAUGACGUUUUUGUCACACUGCUGUAAUGCUUGGUACAAUUUGUUGAAACGGGAUAAGCGGAACAAUUGGUAAUACCAGUACUGAUGAAAACAACAAAUUCCUAGAGCAGGCAUUGGCCUAAAACAGGGAAUAUCUACCUGGAGGGCUUCAUUUGAACUUAAAUGUACAAUCAAUCAACAAAAGCACGAUUCAGCAGAUGUUUUGGAAAGUGAUAUAGCCUUAACCUAACCGUGAUGUUGAGGGUAAUAAUCUUCCGCUGAAUCGUGCAUUUUUUGCACUUCAUGGUGGUCUGAGAUCUUGACAUAGUUCAACAUGAGUGGCCAUUUUUCUACAUACAGUGGAGCAAAUAAGUAUUCAGUCAACCGCUAAUUGUGUAAGUUCUCCCGCUUGAAAAUAUUAGAGAGGCCUGUAAUUGUCAACAUGGGUAACCCUUAACCAUGACAGACAGAAUGUGGAAAAAAAACAGAAAAUCACAUUGUUUGAUUUUUAAAGAAUGUAUUUGCAAAUCAUGGUGAAAAUAAGUAUUUGGUCUUACUUAUUUAUUUAAUACUUAGUUAUGUACCCUUAGUUGGCAAUAACUGAGGCCUAACGUUUUCUGUAACUCUUCACAAGCUUUUCACACACUGCUGCUGGUAUUUUGGCCAUUCCUCCAUGCAGAUCUCCUCUAGAGCAGUGAUGUUUUGGGGCUGUUGUUGGGCAAUACGGACUUUCAACUCCCUCCACAGAUUUUCUAUGGGGUUGAGAUCUGGAGACUGGCUACGCCACUCCAGGACCUUGAAAUGCUUCUUACGAAGCCACUCCUUUGUUGCCCUGGCUGUGUGUUUGGGAUCAUUGUCAUGCUGAAAGACCCAGGCAUGUCUCAUAUUCAAUGCCCUUGCUGAUGGAAGGAGAUUUUCCCCUCAAAAUCUCUUGAUACAUGGCCCCAUUCAUUCUUUCCUUUACACAGAUCAGUCGUCCUGGUCCCUUUGCAGAAAAACAGCCCCAAAGCAUGAUGUUUCAACCCCAUGCUUCACAGUGGACAUGGUGUUCUUCGGAUACACUUCAGUAUUCUUUCUCCUCCAAACACGAGAACCUGUGUUUCUACCAAAAAGUUGUAUUUUGGUUUCAUCUGACCAUAACACAUUCUCCCAGUCCUCUUCUGGAUCAUCCAAAUGCUCUCUAGCGAACCGCAGACACGCCUGGACGUUUACUGGCUUCAGCAGGGGGACAUGUUUGGCUGUGCAAGAUUUGAGUCCCUGGCGGCGCAUUGUGUUACUGAUAGUAGCCUUUGUUACUGAGGUCCCAGCUCUCUGUAGGUCAUUCACUAGGUCCCCCCGUGUGGUUCUGGGAUUUUUGCUCACCGUUCUUGUGAUCAUUUUGACGCCACGGGGUGAGAUCUUGCAUAGAGCCCCAGAUCGAGGGAGAUUAUCAGUGGUCUUGUAUGUCUUCCAUUUUCUAAUAAUUGCUCCCACAGUUGAUUUCUUUACACCAAGUCUUUUACCUAUUUCAGAUUCAGUCUUCCCAGCCUGGUGCAGCUCGAGAAUUUUGUGUCUGGUGUCCUUCGACAGCUCUUUGGUCUUGGCCAUAGUGGAGUUUGGAGUGAGACUGACUGAACUUGUGGACAGGUGUCUUUUAUACCGAUAAUGAGUUAAAACAGGUGUCAUUAGUACAGGUAACGAGUGGAGCCUCAUUAGACCUUGUUAGAAGAAGUUAGACCUCUUUGACAGCCAGAAAUCUUGCUUGUUUGUAGGUGACCAAAUACUUAUUUUUCACUCUAAUUUGGAAAUAAAUUAUUUAAAAAUCAAACAAUGUGAUUUUCUGGGUUUUUUUUCUACAUUCUGUCUCUCAUGGUUGAGGUUUACCCAUGUUGACAAUUACAGGCCUCUCUAAUCUUUUCAAGUAGGAGAACUUGCACAAUUGGUGGUUGACUAAAUACUUAUUUGCCCCACUAUAGCAAGCAUGUUACUCUGCUUCCAGCCUAAAAACGUUUAUCGCUUGUUCUUUUUGUCUGUAAAAGUCUCUCGUCAAGGACUGAGGCACAUUGAGACUGUAUUAUUUGGGUUCCAACCAAUCUUCUUACGGGCAGAUUUCACUGACACUGGUGCUGGCUAAAGGGAUUAGCCUGAGCUGGUCGAAAGGAAGGAAACCACAAUGAUCCGGUUAAGAUCAUUUUUAAUCCCAACUGCUCACAGGUGCACAACACAGUCAUGGAAGGAAAAAAGGCAAUAUUGGCGGUGCUGUGUUUGAUUUUGAUUGCGUUUUUGUCAAUAAAGUUGUCUUCAAAAGUUGUA